AUGGACUCCUACGUGGCCGAGCAAAAGUGUCUGCUUCCCAUGGUGUCGCCAACGCCAGGAUGUGCGCCACAGCGGAGGACGUUCGUUCGCCGUCACCACGAUCUUAUCGAGUCGCUCACUCUCGCUCUCAUCUUUUCCCUCGCAGUCUCGCAGUGUUUGACCCUCUACGGCAUCCACAGCUUGCCAUAUCUCUCACCCUCGAACCAACUCAUCACCUUCCUUAGCAACCUUGCCGGCGCUCUGCGCGUCUCGAUCCCCGCAAGCCUGCCCACAGCGACGCUUCUGUUCAUAGCGACGCCCUACGUCGCGCGGCCAGACCGUAUUGUGGCAUCUUGGUAUCUGAUUCUGCUUUGCUACCUUGUUGGCUCGACGUCAGGAGCGCUGUUGCUGCUGUGGGGUCUGGGGAGCUAA